AUGGAUGCUGCCAACAAAUCAUCAGAGGGAGCCCCAUUCAUCCUCCUGGGACUGACCACACGUCCUGAACAGCGGGCGCCUCUCUUUGUGCUGUUCUUGGUCUUGUACGUGGCAGGGAUCUUGGGAAAUGGACUGAUUGUGGCCGCCAUCCGGGUCAGUCCAGCCCUUCAUGCACCCAUGUACUUCCUGCUGGCCCAUCUAUCCUUCGCAGACCUCUGCUUUACCUCGGUAACCGUGCCCAAGAUGUUGGCCAACUUGUUGGCCCACGACCGCUCCAUCUCCCUGGUGGGCUGCCUGACCCAAAUGUACUUCUUCUUUGCCCUGGGUGUAACUGAUAGCUGUCUCCUGGCUGCCAUGGCCUAUGACCGCUACGUGGCCAUCCGGCACCCCCUCCACUAUGCCACCAGGAUGUCUCGGACCGUGUGCACAGCCCUGGUGGGGACUGCAUGGCUAGUCUCUCAUGUCCACUCCCUUCUGCAUAUCUUGCUCAUGGCCCGCCUGUCCUUCUGUGCCUCCCACCAAGUGCCCCACUUCUUCUGUGACCACCAGCCACUCCUAAGGCUUUCGUGCUCAGACACUCGGCACAUUCAGUUGCUCAUCUUCACCGAGGGGGCUGCAGUGGUGGUUACCCCCUUCUUGCUCAUUCUCGCCUCCUAUGGGGCUAUUGCAAUUGCUAUCAUCCGACUACCCUCGGCCUCUGGCAGGCUCCGUGCCGUGUCCACCUGUGGCUCUCACCUGGCUGUGGUAGGCCUCUUCUAUGGGACAGUCAUCGCUGUCUACUUCCAGCCCACCUCCCGAUAUGAGGCGGAGCGAGGUCGUGUGGCCACCGUCAUGUACACUGUAGUCACCCCGAUGUUGAACCCUGUCAUCUAUAGCCUGCGGAAUCGGGAUGUGCAGGGAGCACUCCGAGCCCUGUUCACUGGACGGCGGAUCUCAGCUAGUGACUCCUGA